GUCCCAGCGCUGCUGUCGCUGUCGACGGCUGCGAACGCUGCUGGCCUGACCAACUCGUCCAUGACAACCUAUGUCGACUCCGUCUCGCUCAACUUCAACUUCGACCCUGUCAAGGCUGCCUACUGGACAGGCUACAUCCACCACCGUCGCACGCCCUUUGCUGUCUCUCCCUCAGGAAGCGUUGCAUACCUCGCCUACCUCGAUGGCUCUGGCACCGAUGUCCAUGUCCAGGCGAUCGACCCCACCACGUUUGAGGCCAGUGGCAUCAACGUCACCAUCUCGGGAGGAAAAGAGGCUGGAGGACUGCAGUGGAAGACAUGGCUUGGAGGCCCAAAUGUCACGGAUGCUGAGGGCCACAUGGCUGCCACCGACAUGAACGGUGACCUGGUCUACUCCAACGCCACCGGCCGCUACGCAGCCUACACCGUGGUGACAGCCUAUGACGGAGAUGCUGACGGCCACUUUGGCGAUGCCAUCCGCUACAUCGAGGAUACAACCGGCGAGAUUGUGGUCAUUGACGGGGCCAGCUCUGACUGGGGCUGCUCUCACAACACAGGCAUCGCCCUUGAGGCCGCCGACGCCGCCCCCUACGCCAGUGUCUGCGCCGAGGACCAGGGCGGCAUCUGGCUGAACAGCAAAGGCCAGGGCAUGACGACCGAGGGCGUCAAGAUCUCCAACGAGAACACGACCAACGGCGCCGACGGUGAGCCCAUGGGCGGCAUGUCGGGCUCGUACAGCAACCUGGCCCGCUGGCAGGACGGCGACGGCUACAUCUUCGCCUGGGUCUCGCGCGGUGCCAUCGACCUCUACGAGAACGCCUGGAUGGGCACGGGCUACACCAGUGCGUACAACCGCACCAACGGCCGCAACGUCGCCGUCGCCACCUUCACGGACAAGUACACCAUGGUCGAGGCCGAGGCUUCCAGCACGGUGGGUGCGGCGUCGGGCGACUCGCAGGUCAACUGGCUCACCACGACGACGACGGCCGACAUGAGCAAUGCCCACGUGGCCACCUUUGACGGCACCAACGCCCUCGUCACCUGGGAGGAGAUUGCUGAUCCCUUCUGCGAGUACGUUGCCUUUGGCUGCCGCGGCACCUUCUCGGGCGCCUACUACCAGCUCGUCACCAACACUGGCAACGGCACUGCGGUCGGCGAGCCUCUGGUCAAGUCGGAUGUCUACGUGUCCGGUGACCUGGUCACCAUGGGCGACGGCCGUAUCUGCUGGCCCUAUGUGAACAUGGACUGGGACCUGGAUGGCAUUGUUGGGUGGACCUACACCUCUACCAACGUUACCAAGAUGAGCUUUGCGUGCGUGAGCCUCGACGGUUCUUCUUCA